CUCAGAAUCCUGCAGACCCCUGUCCUGGUCUCCUCGGAUGUUCUCCUCCGUGUCCUGCUUGCUUCCCAGCGACUCGGUCGUUCCCCAGGUGGAAAAUGCUCCAUUCCUUUGACCAUGCUGGGACCCUUCCCCAACGUGCGUUUGGCUCCUCUGUGUGUCUUCAGCAAUGAGGUGCCCAGAGCAGGCUUCUGCAUCCAUGGGGUGGAGGCACCACUGAUGGACCCCGUGGCAGUUCCACUUCACUGGCCAGCAAGGCUCUGCCUGUAGCAGGACAAACCUCAGAUGAUGACAGAUCUCAGUACCAGACUCUGGGGUUACCUAGAGCCUUGAGCAUGUUUCAGGGGUUGGGCUUUCUUCCAAGCUACACAAUUCUUGUGCUUGCAGCUUAAACCUGAACACCUCCCCAGAUGCCAGUGUGCUGUGCUUUCCCUGCAGGGGCCUGUUUGCUGCCAGGGCAGGAUGGCAGCCUAGGGUGGUCAUCGUGUCGCAGGAUGGAGGCGAUACGCAGGGCCAGGCCCCGCUGGCUGGGCAUCCUCCUGACCCUCUGCCUGGCAACCUUCCCUUGCACCACUGCCUGUCCCCGGCUCUGUGCCUGCUAUGUCCCCACCGAGGUGCACUGCACGUUCCGGUACUUCACAGCUGUCCCACCGCGCAUCCCUCCAGACGUGGAGCGCAUCAACCUGGGCUACAACAGCUUGCUCCAGCUGACCAGAGCAGACUUUGCUGGCCUGCAGAAACUGGAGCUGCUGAUGCUGCACAGCAAUCAGAUAAAUGCCAUCCCCGAGAAGGUCUUCAGUGACUUACAUUCCCUACAGGUCUUAAAAAUGAGCUAUAACAAGGUCAGAGUCCUUCAGCAGGAUGCCUUCUACGGUCUGAAGAGCCUGGUCCGGUUGCACAUGGACCACAACAGGAUUGAAUUUGUAAAUCCCAACGUUUUCUAUGGCCUCACAUCACUGAGGCUGGUCCACUUGGAAGGAAACCUGCUGAAGCAGCUCCAUCCGGCCACUUUCGUCACCUCGCGCUACAGCCAGCUGUUUGAGGUGUCCUCGCUGAGGCACAUAUACCUGUCUGAGAACAUGCUGACUUCACUGCCAGAAGAAAUGCUCUCCUCCCUUUCUGAGCUGGAGAGCCUCUACCUGCACGGAAACCCCUGGGCCUGUGACUGCAGCCUGCGGUGGUUUGCAGAGUGGGCAGCGGAGAGAGCAGAUGUUAUCAAGUGUAAAAAAGGCAGAAGUUCUGGUGCCCAGCAGUGCCCAGUUUGUGCCAGCCCAAGAAGUAGUAGAGGGAAGAGCUUAGUGGCCAUUCCUUCUGCAUCUCUGACCUGCUCUAAGCCAGCCAUACACGACUCCCUGAAGCUGAGAAACCUCUCGGUGCCCGGUGAGGGGGAUUUCAGCUCCGUGUCUGCCAGGGACUUUGUAGCUCCUAUGGGAUCCGUGGUGCUGAACAUGACUGACCAAGCUGGAAGCCGAGGUGACUUGGUUUGCAACAUCCAAAAGCCUAAAGAAAUGUCCCCCAUCUCCUUUGGCAAAGAUGGCAACAGAACAGUUCUCAAGACAUCCUUCUCUGCGUUCCUCGUGUGCGGCACUGACGCUGAGCAUAUCCAGCAGCUGUGGAGCAUCCUGGCACUGUACAGCAGUUCUCCCCUCAAACUGGAGAGGACUGUCCCUGCUGCUGGCCUGCCUGCCCCUAGUUACAGAUACAAGCAGGUCCAGCCUGAGAAAGAUGAACUUUUCACCAGCAUAGAGGCUGAGCUGAGGGCUGAGCCCCCGUGGCUCAUGCAGAGCCAAGUGGCACUGCAGCUGGACAGGACAGCCACCACGCUGAACGCCCUGCACCUCCGGCUCUCCACGGACGCUCAGAUUGUCUCGCCCAGCGCUGAUGAAAAGCAGGUGAGCAGCAGCUGGACCAUCAUCUCCAGGGACAACCAGACACAAACAGAGCACACCGUUCUGACUGGGGGGACGGUGGAACUGCAGUGCCGAGCAACUGGAGAGCCAGCUCCUGCGGUGGAGUGGAUCCUGGCUGACGGCAGCAAGGUGAGAGCUCCCUACCUCAGCGAGGAUGGAAGGAUCGCCGUGGCCACAAGUGGAGCCCUCAGGCUGCGGCCAGCUGACACCUUCGACACGGGGCUUUACCACUGCAUCAGCACGAGUGGGCAGCAGGCGGACAGCCUGACCUUCAGGAUCACCGUGCUCGACACGCACCUGGAGCCCAGCGCUGUGAACGGGGCCCAGCUGUCUGCAGCCGCUGGCAGCACUCUCCACCUGCCCUGCGCGGCCACGGCGGCUCCCGAUGCUGCCAUCAGCUGGGUGCUGCCUCAGCAGGUGGUUCUCCAGCACUCUGCGAGGAACAAGCACGUUUGUGACAAUGGCACUUUGAGAAUAGAAGGGGUGACAGAGAGGGACAGUGGCUACUUCAGGUGUGUGGCAGCCAACCAGUAUGGUGUUGACCUUCUGGUCUUCCAAGUGCUGGUUAGAAAGGAUGGAGCCGCUCUGAAGGAAAAGCGCAAGGCUGCGGCAGGAUGGGAGGAGGGUGAGGGCUCUGGCAACGCCCUGCUGGCCUCUGCUACAACACAGACCCAGCCUCCAGCCGCCUCAACAGCUCACCUGGGUUCCGCUGCCUCAGCACCUAGAAGCGGGGUAGUACCGAGCCCACGUGGAGGGAACAGCCAUAGGAGCACGACUCACAGGCACUACAGGGACAGGACAAGCAGGCGGUUCAGGGGACACAGGAGACAGUUUGUGUCCUCAGCCAGGAGAGUCGAUCCCCAGCGCUGGGCAGCCUUCCUGGAGAGGACAAAGAGGAACUCGACACUGAUGGAGAAAGGAGAAGAAGUUGUGACAGACCCACCUAUUCAAGUCCCUCAAGGACCUGAGGAUGAGGAGGAAACAUCUGGUGACCUCAAGUCUCCAGAAGAGGAAUUCAUGAUGCCAGUAACAGAGAGAGCCACUCUGUCACCUCUGGGGAGAGCAAUGGGAAGCGUGAGAACAGCAGAGCCAGAGGUGACCUCAAGUAACACUCCUGCCAGCAGAACCUCUCUCCUGGUUGCAGUCACUCCCCUGCCCUCUCCUUUUUCACAGCCUGAGUCCUCUGACGGCAGAAGACCACAAACAUAUCCAAACCCUACAACUACAACCCCGUGGCAAAGAGCUGACCUAAGUCCAAUGCCAGCAACUGGUGUAAACCAACCAAUGGCAUCUGACAGAGCAACUACAACAUCCACACUCCUCCCUGCUGGGCACAGGUGGGUAGCCUCUGGGGAAAGCAACAACCAGCAUUCAAACCCCGUGUCUCUGACACCCGUGACAGAUGUUACAGCCACCAGCAAGUCUGAAGUUUCCCAAAACAUGGUGGACAAGCUACAGCUUUCUACUGAGCCUAUUGGCAAGACUUCCACCCAAGCAGGCCACCAUACGUCUGUAGCAACAGUCAGUGAACCAAGGCCUGAAUUUGGUGACAUUUAUUUCCUUAGGACUCAGGAACAAGCAACUCCUAAGCCACCACUGACCUCAGCUGUCACCACUGGUCUGCAGACCCGGAGGGUUCAGGAGGCUGCAGCUCGUACAGCCCAGGCCCAGCAGCCAUCUGGAAGACAAAGGAAAAUCCCUAGUAGGAGACGAGUUGUUCAGCCAGGACGUGUGCCAAGUGUGAAGGAGCACAGGUUCCCCUUUGGGAGGCCAGGCUCUGGGGCUGCAGGUGUUCCACUGAAUAUGAAUCAUGUACCAGAUUCACCAGCCCCCGAUAACUCAAGCAGCUCCAUCAUCCCCGUUAGCCCAGAAGCACCUCUGUCCUCCCCCUCCACCGUCACUGCGCACUCAGUGGGUACUCACCAAAGCACAGCGGUCCUCAAGGAGGAGGAAAACAAACCUAGAGCAAAGCAGCAAGCUGCUCCAGCAGUCCUGCCUCUCAGCACUGAGGGCACCCAAGCUGCUCCUCAGUGGCAGCUGGAGAGCACUGCUCCAUUUCAGACCAAGAUCAAAAGAGUCCAACCUUCUGGCAUCAGACUAACAGCAACAACAAUCCUCCCUGCUCACACUGCUACAGAAACAACACACACCUUGAGCACUAAAAUAUCUUCUACCCUUGACUCAGUCUCACCCAGCACUGAGCCUAGAACCUCACCAGAAGAUUUCCAAAGAGGAAAAACAACUUGGGAACAUCUCUUUGGAACCAGUGCACCAAAAGAGGUUCUGAAGGAGCAGACAGAUGUGUUCCCAUCAACAGAGGUGUGGACUGCACUACCUAAAACUACAGCAGCAUUGUCCAGAAAGUCUCCUUUGCACUUGAUGCCUAUUUCAACAGGUGGGAGUCUCAACAGCAGCUUCUUGUCUUCAAACAUGCCCAUCCCUGAUGGCAAUGGCAAGGCAGAAGAACAUCCUCCCACCGCAAAGCCACACUCUUACUCUCAUCCUGCUCCUAGGGUGACCAAAGACAUGGGUGGGAAAAGUCUGAAGCCAACAGUUACACCGAUAAGUGCUCCUCAAACCGACACCAAGAUCACCAAAAGCAAAGCAUUCAGAGCGGGGAGAAAGAGAGGCCAGAGGAGGAAGAGGCCUCCUAAAGCACCUACUCACAGUGCAGCUGUCAGGCACAGCACCACAGUGAGUCCCGCAGGGAACACGGCCAGGCUGGGUGUGCCAGCAGCUGGAUCAUCACCUCUGCCUGCAGCACCUCUCUCUGCAAGUGCCAGCACAGUGUUGGCGACAGGAACACCAGCACAGUGGAGCCGUAACACACCAGAGGCUCCCCGGCACGUGCCCACAGCAGCCACCCCCCUCACCCUAAGGGACUCCCCAUCAGCCACCUCACCAGGUGACAGUCAUGUCACCCAGGGCCCCACCACACCGAUCCGAGCCACAGCGUGGCUUUCAGAGCCUUUCAACGCCACAGACACACAACCUGCCACUGUCCGUGCAGCACCUGGGUCAGAACCUGCUCAGCAGACGAAAGCCACCACGACGGUGGGUGACAAAUCCCACCUAGAAAUGGGAGAGAGCAUUCCCCAGGAAGACCAUGUGGCCCAGGACUCGCUCACAGCAAGAACCAAAGCAAGGACCAGCGCUGCUGCAACCACAGGCAGCACUCAGCAUCCCACCCCACCGCCAGCCCCUGCAGCAGCUGCACCAUCUCCAAGUACCACAAGAACCACCUCACCUGCCUGGGUGGAAAGCAGACCCUGGCAGAAGCCAUCUGCUGCAAUCAUAGAAAGAGGCAACACAGCCCCCAUCAGUACACUGACCAAGCUGACCUCACCACUGCCUGCAGCUCCACGGGGGAGGGACAAGGAUGGGCCUGUCAAAGGCUGGUCUGAAAAGAGACAAGAUCAAGAACCUACCACCCCCAGUCCCAUAGCCUUGGGCUCCUUCAGCAGAAAUCACUUCUCCAAGCCCAGAAUAACUGGAGGACAAGUAGCUGCCUUUACUGUCCUGGCUAAUUCAGAUGCUUUUAUUCCUUGUGAGGCUACUGGUAACCCACGUCCAACCAUACAAUGGACCAAGAUAGCAUCAGGGCAUGGCGCUGCAGGAGGCAGCAGGCACAGCCGAUGGCUGAUGUUCGCCAACGGCACGCUGGCCAUUGCCCGGGUGGGCCUGGAGGACCGCGGGCAGUACCUCUGCACCGCCACCAACCCGCACGGCACAGCGCGGCUCCUGGUCACCCUGUCGGUGGUGGCCUACCCGCCCCGCAUCGCCGGGGCCAGGUGGCAGCUCCUCACCGCUCACUCUGGAGGGCCAGUGGCACUGAAGUGCAGGGCUGAGGGCAGGCCUCCUCCCACCAUCGCCUGGGUUCUCGCGAACCAAACACACAUCUCCGACUCUUCCCCGGGGAGUAACAAAGCCCACGUGGAACCAGAUGGCACUUUGGUGAUCGAGGAGGUCACUGUUUAUGACAGGGGCCUCUACACCUGCCUGGCUGAGAACCCGGCGGGCACCGACGCGCUGGUGGUGAAGCUGCAGGUGAUCGCGGCACCACCUGUCAUUCUGGAGGAGAAGAGGCAGCGCCUUGAAGGGGCCAUGGGGGAAAGCCUGAUGCUCCCCUGCACCGCCAAAGGGAACCCUCAGCCCAGCGUCCACUGGGUCCUCUCUGAUGGCACGGUGGUGAGGCCUCUGCAGCUCGUGAGGGCGAAGCUGUUCCUGUUCGCCAACGGCAGCCUCCACCUCAGCGACGUGGCCCCCGCCGACAGCGGCAACUACGAGUGCAUAGCCACCAGCUCCACCGGCUCGGACAGGAGGGUGGUGAGCCUCACGGUGCAGCACAGGGACACGCUCCCCAGGAUCGCUGCUGCCUCUCAAGAGGUGACUCGGCUGAACUUUGGGGAUAAGCUGCUUCUGAACUGCACUGCCACUGGGGAGCCAAAGCCCAGGAUCAUCUGGAGGUUGCCCAGCAAGGCAGUUGUUGACCAGUGGCACAGGAUGGGAAGUCGAAUCCACGUCUACCCCAAUGGAUCCCUGGCUAUCGAGGCAGUCACCGAGAAGGAUGCUGGUGACUACUUGUGUGUGGCAAGAAACAAAGUGGGAGACGACCUGAUCCUGAUGAAAGUCAGCAUCACCAUGACUCCAGCCAAGAUUGACCAGAAGCAGCAUCUCAAGAAACUGGUGCCCUAUGGGAAAGAUUUCCGAGUGGACUGCAAAGCCUCUGGGUCACCCACGCCAGAGAUAUCCUGGGGCCUGCCCGAUGGGACGGUGAUCAACAACGCCAUGCUGGCAGAUGACAGCGGACACAGGUCCCGCCGGUACGUCCUGUUUGACAAUGGGACUCUGUAUCUCAACAGGGCUGGAGCAGCAGAGGGAGGAGACUACACCUGCUACGCCCAGAACACUCUGGGCAGAGAUGAGAUGAAGAUCCGAGUCACGGUGGUGAUGGCAGCCCCCCAGAUAAAGCACAGCUACAAGACGCACCUGAGGGUGGAAGCUGGAGAUACAGCACUGCUGGACUGCCAAGCUGCUGGGGAGCCCAAGCCAAAAAUAUUCUGGCUGCUGCCUUCUGGUGACAUGAUCUCCUCAUCGACAGCCAGGCACUUCCUGCAUGUCAACGGCUCCCUGUCGGUCAGCCAGGUGAGGCUGGUGGAUGCUGGGGAGUACAUGUGUGUGGCUCGGAACCCCAGCGGGGAUGACACCAAGCUGUAUAAACUGGAGGUGGUCGCCAAACCUCCUGUCAUCAACGGCUUGCAGGUGAGCAAAGCCAUCAGGAAGGUGACAGCCGUGAGGCACGCCAAGAAGCACAUAGACUGCAGGGCAGAAGGGUCCCCUCCUCCUCAGGUCAUGUGGAUCAUGCCCGACAACAUUUUCCUCACGCCUCCCUACUACGGCAGCAGAAUCACCGUGCACCAGAACGGGACCCUGGAGAUUCGGAACAUCAGGGCUUCCGACGCAGCUGAGUUCGUCUGCGUGGCGCGGAACGAGGGAGGAGAGAGCAGGCUGGUGGUGCAGCUGGAGGUGUCCGAGAUGCUCAGGAGACCCAUGUUCAGAAACCCAUUCAAUGAGAAGGUCACAGCGAGACCUGGCCAAGCUGCCACCCUGAACUGUUCCGUGGAUGGAAACCCUCCACCUGACGUGAGCUGGAUGCUGCCUAACGGCACCUGGUUUUCCCGAGGCAUCAGCACUGCCCAGCUCCUCACGGGCAGUGACGGCACCCUCACCGUCCACCGUCCCGACGGAGACAGUGCGGGCAAGUACCGCUGCGCCGCCAAGAAUCUGUUGGGCUACAUCGAGAAGCUGAUCAUCUUGGAGGUGGGCCAGAAGCCCAACAUUCUCACUCGCCCAGCAGGGCCAGUGAAGGGCACCAGUGGGGAGUCGCUGUCGCUUCACUGCCUGUCUGAUGGGAGCCCCAGACCGACCACCUCCUGGACUCUGCCCAGUGGGCACGUGCUGCAUCACCCACAGAUCAGCAGGAGACACAUCUUGCUGGAGAACGGCACCUUGGUCAUACGGGAAGCCAGCCUCCAGGACAGAGGGGACUACGUGUGCAAGGCUCACAACGAUGCAGGUGAGGCCUCCAUCAGGGUGCCCGUCACCAUCACAGCCUUGCCCCCAAGGAUCACGAGCAGGCCACCACGCACCAUCCACACCAUGCCUGGUGCAGCACUGCAGCUCCACUGCACAGCGCUGGGAAUACCCAAGCCAGAGAUCAGCUGGGAGCUACCUGAUGGCUCAGUGCUCUCCCCAGGUUGGCGAGGGCAGGUGGCUGGGGGCGAGCGGCUUCACCCACCAGGGACUUUACUCAUCCAGAGCCCCCAGCCCUCAGACUCGGGCACAUACAAGUGCACAGCCAGGAGCCGUCUGGGCAGCGAUCUCGCCGUGACCUACGUUCAUGUCAUCUGAAGUGAGAGACACAGCACCCGUGGGUGUUGGCCAAGUCUACAGCCAGGCUGAGCUUAGCUCAAGUAGGUUUCACCCAUGGCAGUUGUAGGCCUGGAAGGACCUAAAUGCAUUUGCAGGGUUCAGCCUGCAGCAACUGUGUGAAAACAGAGAGGAAGGGCUUGGGGAACACCAGUCCAAGCACUAUGACCUGGCAUUGGUGGUGAAACAGGUUUAAAUUAAACCAAACUGAAGGCACUUUAGCUCUGCCAGCAAACACUGAGCAUCAAAGACUGUGAUGUGCUGGAAAUGUAUCUAGAGCUCUUCAUAAAGCACAGACCUCUGUUGUUACUUCAAUACUGCCCACCUUGUAGGACUCCCAUGAGCAUGGAUCACAUACAGCAAGAGCAUCCAAGAACCAAAGAGCAGGUUUUGCUGUGGUGCAGAUUCACCUUCUUGGUAUGGUUGAAUAUUUACUAUGGGUUUAAUAAAUAGUCACUGGUGAAACAA